CUGAGAUUUAGUUGAUGAUAUGUCUGUCGACGGGCUGAAUUUCUGGCCUUGUUAAUCCACGUCAAUGCUUCGGUUAAUUGAUACACCUUGUCUAACGACGCACAUCAUGACCAUUUCCAGUGUUGUGACCUUCACUAACCUUGAAGUUUAGUCGGGCCAGAUUGUAAGAUAAAUCGGAUGUGCGAGAGCGGUGAAUGACUGAGUCAGCUGCUUUACUUGAUUUUCUGUAAUUUCGGUGACGCUGACAAUGUCUAUUUGUGCGAAGAGAUGGAAGACAAAGCGAUUUUUCUGUGGAUUAUGGAUUGUUCAUUUAUUCGUUACUAGAUAAUUAAUUGUCCGAACUCAUGGCCUGGCGGUUUAAAGCAUCGAAGUACAAGAACGCUUUCUUGGCUCCGGCAAAGAAGAAUGAUUGGAUUCAUGAUAUUGAUGUUGGUGAAAUUCGGACAGCAUUGAAUCCAUCCAUCGCAGCCUCGAGCGCAUAUGUAGUAUUUUCUCAGGAAGGAAAAGGAAGUGGCUGCGUUGGGAUUGUUGAUGCCGGUGCUUUUGUUGAUUGUGACCCUCCUCCAUCCGAUCGUCCAACAUUGCCGGGUGCUGUUGAAAUCUUCAAUCCCCACUUACAUCAGCAAGUUACUUGCCUGGACUUCUCUCCAUUUGACGAUGGACUCCUCGCAACGGGAUCGGAAGAUUCCAUGGUGAAGCUGUGGCAUUUGAAGGACGAUCGCGUUACUCCGGAAUGUCUUUUCAUACCUGUUCCGGAGACUAAAGUGGAAGCUGUGAAAUUCAACUCUGCUUGUGAUUUCCUUUUAACUGCGUCUGCGGGUGAUUCCAUCCAGAUAAUCGACUUGGUCCAUCAGAAGCAGAUUCAAGACAUCAACGGGGAAUUCUGUGGCCCAGUUAAUUCUAUGGAUUGGAAUGUUACGGGGUCGGAAUUAGCCCUGAUCGAUCAGCAAUGCCGUAUCAUUGUUACUGAUCCUCGGAGAAAAGCUAAAGGAUCAACGCAUAUCAUUGAUACUUCACUCGUUCCUAAUAAAGAAGCGCAUAUCGUUUGGCUGGCAGAUGCAAAACUUCUCGUGACCGGUUUUGACAAAAGCCGCCAACGUGUAGCAAGUGUUCAUGACCUCAAGAAUCCUUCUUCAGCAGUGGGUUCGACUGAUUUCGGAACAGGCAUUGGGUCUUUGGUUCCCUUGUAUGAUUCCGACACAGAGAUGCUCUUCCUUUCUGCCCGUGGAGAAACUGGUAUAUCCUUCGCGGAAAUUGCUUCCAACGUACCUACAGUGAGAUUGAAAGCCAUGUCCGAUUUUGGGACGAAAGCGGCUUGUCUCGCCCCGAAACGAUCUCUUAGUGUGAUGACGGGCGAGGUCAACCGUUUAUAUCAGUUGUCCUCAAAGGCGUUGAUACCUCUGAAUUUCAUCGUGCCUCGCAAGUCGUACCGAGACUUCCAUGCGGAUCUGUUCCCACCAACAAGAGCUGUUGAUUCUGCCCUAGUUCCUGACUUAUGGCUGCAGGGUAAAAACAUUCCAACUUUGAAGAUUUCACUGGAUCCAGCGCAAGUGAAACCGGAAGAAAUUAAGUACAUCAAAUUGCCUUUGAACCAAAGAAAAGCCGAAGCUGAAGAUAAAACGAACAUCUUUUUGAAAUCCGAAUCUGAAGAACUCCUCAAGGAUAAAAUCAAGACAAGUCCAGCGGGAAAGAAAAAUUCAUCGAACGAAUCCGAAGUGCCUGUGCAAGUGCGCACGCAUGCACUUACGCGUAAUGACGAGGUGCGGAGAAGUGCCAGAGAGAUCCGUGAUCAGUUCGAGACUCGCACCGGGGUUCAGCCUGAAUCGAACCCGUCAACUGUGCCGGGCAAGUUGCCUUCGAGUGUGUUCGGUACGAGGCCUGUUAGCAUGGAGGAACCGCGGUUGAAAGACUCGGUAAGGAAUGGUGCCGAAACGAAGCCGAUUUUCUCGAAAAGUGUGUCAGUGCGUGAAGCAGGGCAUUCUGAAGAAAGCGUUCAAGAUGCGCUGGACAAACCUGGCGAAUUUCAACGCCAAGUUUCAAACAGGAAAAGUAAAACAUUCGGUCGUGUCGCAAAAUUCCGUCACAUGAAAGGAACCGUUCCGCCGAGAGCUCAACUGUACGAUAACUUGCGUGACUUAAACCCAUCGCUUCCCACUGAAUGUGAUGGAAUUCGAGGGAAUGAAGAGCGGUUUGCAGUGACCUUACGAGGCCCGAGUGGAAAAAUUUUAGUAUGGUCAGCAGCAAAUACUGGAAGACUUCCGGACACCAUCGCUCUGCUUUCCCUUAUCAACUCUAAUAGUAUUGUAGACUUCGCGUGGGACCCGUUUGAUGCGCGUCGUCUUGCCUGUGCUACUGAUGAUUGUACUAUCAACAUUUGGGACGUGGUCGCGGCGGAAAAGGAGGACAAGAGGGAUCAGCCAAUGGAUCGUCUUCGCCGCCCUCAUGGAGUUCCCGAGAAAAUUACUCUUAUCAAGUGGCAUCCUACGGCCAAAAAUAUUCUCGGCGUGGCACACGCGAAUGGAAGCAUCGAUUUAUGGGAAGUUGCCACUCCGGCGAAGCUUGUGUUACAAUUUCAAGUUGCUUCAUCCGGUAUUUGGAGCAUGGAAUGGAGCCCUGAUGGCAGACAUCUUGCCGUUUCCAGUCGGGAUGGGAAAAUACGGAUAGUUGAUGGAAGAAAUGGGGAUAUUCUUGCGGAAGGAGAAGGUUUUAGCAAAGGACGAGGCGCUAGAGUUUUAUGGGUGCUGGGUGGAGCAUUUUUACUGCUUUCUGGAUUCGAGUCCGGCUCUUCGCGAGUUGUCAAGAUUUUUGACGUGAACAAUUUGCAAAAUGGUCCGCUGAAACAGCUCGAAAUGGACGUUAGUCCAUCACUCGUCAUUCCGCUGUAUGACGAAGACUCUUCAACAAUUUUUCUGUAUGCCAAAGGGGAUACUACGAUACACACUUAUGAGGUGAUCAACGAAGAUCCCUAUCUGUAUCCCUUGUCACCGCAUCGCUCAUCGACACCUCAUCAUGGACUCACUCUCCUUCCAAAAAGGGUCGUUGAUGUGAAAAAAGUAGAAUUCGCACGAGCUUUGAGGUUAACGGACACAACCAUCGAGCCAAUAUUCUUUUGCGUCCCUCGCGUCAAAAGUGAAUAUUUCCAAGAUGAUUUGUUCCCACCGACUCGACAACUUUGGCUGCCGGCUGUGAAUGCGAGUGAUUGGGUUGACGGGAAGGACGGCGAGCAACCGGUUGUUAUGAAUGCCAACGCCGCUGGAGACCAUGUUCGCAAUCAACCUGCGCGAAGUGUGUCUAAGGAAUCUGAGUUGAAUCCGACCGACAAAGAAAAACAGAAAAACGUUGAGAAAUCCCUCAUCAGUACGGUCGCGGUGAACAUGAGGCUCGAGCAGGACGAAAUGGAAGGUGUUGACCCGAAGGAAUGGGAAUAACGUGAUAAAGCUCAACGUUUCCGUGUUUGGCGUUGAAUAGCGGCCGGGGAAGACUAUUUUGCUUACGUUUUUUCUAAUAUUCGCGGUACACCAAAAUAUCGUUUAUAAUGCCUCUAGC